AUGAGCGGAUAUACUCAUUCUGACCCAUUUGACACGGGCACUCUCGCUGUUGGAACCAUCCACCACCUCCACUACGAACAGUAUGGCAAUCCAGAUGGCAAACCCGUAUUAUUUCUCCACGGGGGACCAGGAGGCCAGACCUCCAAAGCAAACACAGCCUACUUCAACCCCUCAAUUUACCGAGUCGUUCUCCUCGAUCAACGCGGUACAGGCCAAUCAACCCCGCUAACAGAACUCCGUGAAAACACAACACCAGACUUGGUGACUGACAUUGAAUCCAUACGGACUCAUCUCAAUAUCCCAAAAUGGCACCUCCUCUUCGGAGGGUCCUGGGGCUCAACUCUUGCCCUUCUUUACUCUGAAGCCUAUCCACAUAGAGUCGGCUCGCUCCUCCUGCGCGGGGUCUUCACAGCCCGUGAUGCGGAGGUGAGCUGGAGUCGUGGGGUCUUGGGUGCUGCGAAUAUCUACCCUGAAGCUUGGGAGGCCUUUGUAGGCUUUCUUCCCCCUGAGGAGCGAGGGGAUCCAGUUGCGGCUUAUUAUAAGCGGCUUACUGGGCCUGAUGAGCGUGCAAAGGCUGCUGCGGCAAGGGAAUGGAAUCGGUGGGACUUGAGUAUUGGGACCUUGAGGGUUGAUGAGGAUGCGUUUUUGGGAUUGGAGAAUGAAGUGUGGAGUUUGAAGCAUGCGCUUUUGGAGGCCCAUUAUGCUGUGCACCAUUUCUGGUUGGAGGAUGGGCAGAUUUUGAGGAAGGACAAUUUGGAGAAAAUUGCUCAUAUUCCUGCGACGAUUAUCCAGGGCCGUUAUGACAUGGUUUGUCCACCACAGACGGCUUGGGAGUUGCAUCGGGCUUUACCCAAUUCAAAAUUGAUUUGGGUUGCAGAUGCCGGACAUAGUCCAAAGGAACCCGGAACGAGGGCAGAGUUACUGAAAGCCUGUGACGAAUAUUCGUUGGAUCCGAAAUAG